GUGAUCCGCCACAACAGUAACACGUAAGAUCGUUUCCACUUCUCCACUUUCGUCCCCUUCCCCGCUCCAUUUGCUGCUCAUUUUUUUUCGUUGAAGCUCCACCGAAAGAAAACGAAAAAACAGAGAAAGACCUCCUUUUUCUCUUCCUCAUCGUUUUCUCUUGAAGUUUCACAGCCAUGACAGUACCUCCGACUCAAGAUGAUGUUAACAAGAAUGAGAGGACUAAUUACUUCAAUUCACCUGCAAUGGAUGUCUCACUUGCUUUUCCGCAAGCAACACCAGCAUCUACCUUUCCUCCCUGCACUUCAGACUAUUAUCAAUUUGAUGAUCUAUUGACGCCUGAGGAGCAGGCUGUCAGAUUGAGAGUAAGACAGUGUUUAGAGAAACACGUUGCUCCUAUUAUGGCAGAGUAUUGGGAGAAGGCAGAGUUUCCAUUUCAUGUUAUUCCAAAGUUUGGUGCAUUGCGUAUUGCUGGUGGCACGAUCAAGGGUUAUGGGUGUCCUGGUCUUUCUAUUACAGCAAGUGCUUUUGCUACAGCUGAAAUUGCUAGAGUUGAUGCAAGCUGUUCUACUUUCUUCCUAGUUCAUUCCUCACUUGCAAUGCUAACUAUUGCAUUAUGUGGAUCGGAGGCUCAAAAGCAGGAAUAUUUACCUUCCUUGGCUGAAUUUAAAACUGUAGCCUGCUGGGCUUUGACUGAGCCUGACUAUGGAAGUGAUGCAAGUGCCUUGAGAACAACAGCAACAAAGGUUGAAGGCGGUUGGAUACUUGAGGGCCAAAAGCGCUGGAUAGGGAAUAGUACCUUUGCUGAUGUAUUGGUUAUUUUUGCUAGGAAUACAACAACAAAUCAGAUUAAUGGAUAUAUAGUAAAGAAGAAUGUCCCUGGACUGACAGCUACAAAAAUAGAAAAUAAAAUUGGUUUGCGAAUUGUUCAAAAUGGAGAUAUUCUCUUAAAGAAAGUCUUUGUCCCUGAUGAGGACAGGUUACCUGGUGUUAACUCUUUUCAGGAUACUAGCAAGGUUCUUGCUGUUUCACGUGUCAUGGUCGCCUGGCAACCUAUUGGUUUAUCUAUGGGAGUCUAUGAUAUGUGUCACAGGUAUCUGAAGGAGAGGAAACAAUUUGGAGCCCCCCUUGCUGCUUUCCAAAUCAACCAAGAGAAACUUGUUCGUAUGCUGGGUAAUGUUCAAGCUAUGGUACUUAUAGGUUGGCGCCUCUGUAAGUUGUAUGAGAAGGGUAAAAUGACUCCAGGCCACGCUAGCUUGGGGAAGGCAUGGAUUACUCUGAGAGCAAGGGAAACGGUUGCUCUAGGGAGGGAAUUACUAGGCGGCAAUGGAAUUUUAGCUGAUUUUCUUGUUGCAAAGGCUUUCGGUGAUUUGGAACCCAUCUACACUUUCGAAGGCACUUAUGACAUCAACGCCCUGGUGACAGGUAGGGAAAUCACCGGCAUUGCCAGCUUCAAGCCAGCAGCAUCAAGCCAACGAAGCCGCCUGUAGCUGUGAAGCUUCUCUGAAUUUCCAGAGCUCUCUGGACAACUUUGUUUAAUAAGUAACAAGGUUGGCUGAUGCCAAGGUGGUUUUAAAUAAGAAACAAUCAUGAGACAUGGAGUGAAUACAUCCAUCGGCGACCACAACAAAUAAAUUUGCCUUAUAAAUUCUUCUUGUUGAACAUUGUAUUCUUAUAGUUAUGAAAGACACAAUAAAUCUUAGCAGAAACAAAUCCCUGGUCACCAAACUAGGGUUUCCCCUGAAUCUUUUGUAGACUUACACCUUGCAUA